CUCUGCCUCGUCCAGGCUUGUUUGGUUAAGGUACGCGGUUGCCUCAACCACCAUCGCUCCCUCUCUUUCGACAUCACAACAACAUCCUGAUCAGCGGUGACGGCAAUUGAAUCUCCAUGUCUCUCCGACCCAAACACGUCCUGGUCUUGGAACUAGCAUUGAAUUGACUAGCAAUGUUUCUUGCAACUACUUCCCCCAAACUGAGCACACUCUGCCUCAAGUCUGCCAGCGUCAUGCACGCAAUCAGAUGUUACCCCGGCCAUUCGAAUCCAUGAACCAGAAUCACCAGGCUCUCAUGCCCCUUCUUCUGUCCCAGCUCUCUUCGGGAGUCGAUUUACAUCAAAAUGGUACCAGUUUGCCCAGCUUAUGCGAUACUGAACUUGAAAUCGGGCGCUCUACACCUACCCAUCUACCUCCAUUCCCUGGACCACCAGCAUUCGAUACCGCAUAUAAAAUUCCAAUUCCUGAUUCGGAGCUCGAAAUGUCCACAUUACCUCGCCACAGGAUGCUAUUCCUACUGUUCGAUUGCUACGACCUAUUGUCACAGCACAGGCAAAAUGAAACUCGGUCCAAGCUGCAGAGGGCGAACUUGACAGUGGCGCCGGUGAACGAAGGAUUGUCAACAUGAACUAUUGUCCGACAGAUGACGGGCUCUUAGUACUCCAGCCGGAGCGGAG